UUCAGAGCUUUUAGAGUACUUCCACAGAGUGAUGUCAUAGAUUAUCUGAAUAGUCUCCCGAUUUCCCCUAAGAACCGUUUUGAGCGCAUGCGCACCUGUUGCUACAUUUUUGUCUCAAAUGCUACACCUGUAUGCUACGCCCAAACUAACACUAAACUGAGGAGCCUUGUCCCAGCACUUUGAGCAGCUGGAACUGAGAGGGGUCUGCUUUCUCACAGCCCUCCUUAACAUGAUGGCUGAUGUCAAUCUCCUUCAGUAUGCUGUCCUCCUGAGGAAAGAGAGACACGUUAUCUCAAAAAGGCAGCUGAAGAGGCCCCAGUCAAGGCCUUGGUUCUAGCCUCUGGGAUGCUGACCCUGAAACCUGACCUUACCAUGAAGCAGGGUGGAAGUGAAAAGAGGACUCCCAAACAUGGGACAUCAAAGCAUUUCAACACAUACUGACCAUCAGCCAAGCAGUGUCACCAUGUCAGACUGGAUCAAACGUGGGACUUAUGACCAUGAAUACCACCACAAACAGAGCCAAUAUGUGGUUAAAGAAUACAGCAGCUCUGAGUCGAAGGAGGACAGAUAUGAGCACAAAACACGAGUUCACAUCCAGGAGAUGAUUGCGGCGAAGAUGUUGGACAAAUAUGUGCGUGAGGGGCCCAUGAUCAGGGGACCAAAGUUCAUGGCCAGACUAAGAUCCCACACUGUGUUUGAAAAUACUCCUGUCCAACUCUUCUGCAGUGUUGAUGGCUUCCCCACACCUGUGGUGAAAUGGUAUAAAGAUGAUGUGAUCAUGGACAUGUCCUCUGGACAUUGUCUGGUGCAACACAAAGGUGGAGUUCAUUCUCUGGAGAUCCCAAGAUGCUCAACUGAUGAUACCGCCCAGUACACUGCUGUGGCUGUUAACACCCAUGGACAGGCCUCCACUCAGGCAUCCAUCAUUGUCAAGAGGUUCAAGAUGGAGGAGGAGUCAUGCCCAUAUGCUUGGUUGCCUUAUGAAGCUGCCAUGCUUCCUAAGAUCCAAUACACAAUCAACAUCACUUUUCUGGAGAAGUUUGGUCCAGUGUUUGACUCUGAGGGAGGCUCUGCCACUCUGACUGCUACCAUGACCUUCAGCCCCAACCUGGCCAACCUACAGCCUGAAGCACAGUGGUAUAGAGAUGACACGCGUCUGUCUGACUCUAAAUGGGUGAAGAUUGAAACUGGCAGCGGAGUCAGCACCUUGACUAUUCCUAACCUGUACAAAGACGAUGAAGGCCUCUACACACUCCGCAUGGUCACUAAAGGAGGCACCGCAGAGCACAGUGCAUUUGUUUCUGUUUCAGAUGGUCCUCCCCCAGUCCCCCUCGCACCUGGUGCUCCCAUGGAUAUCAAGAUCCACGAUGCCAAUAGAGACUAUGUGAUUGUGUCAUGGAAGCCCCCAAAUACCACCACAGAGGGACCAAUCCUGGGAUACUUUGUGGACAAGUGUGAGGUUGGAACUGAAAACUGGACCCAAUGCAACGAUCACCCCAUUAAGAUCUGCAAAUACCCAGUGUCUGGGCUGUUUGAAGGACACUCCUACUAUUUCAGAGUCAGAGCAGUCAACGCAAAAGGAAUCAGCAAACCAUCCCGCAUGUCUGAUCCUAUCGCUGCACUGGACCCCACUGAGUUUGAGAGGCUCCAUACCAAAAAACUGGGAGGAAAACUGGAUGUCGUGUCUUACCAUGAUGAAGUGGAAGCUGACGGAAAGCCUCCAGGUGCUCCAUCGCGCGUGUUCGCUUCAGAAAUAGAUAGGACAUAUGUUGUUCUGAGCUGGAAAGCCCCUGCAUAUUCCAGCAAGGCUCCCAUGUGGUACUUCAUAGAAAAGAGUAUGGCAGGCAGUGGUGCAUGGCAGCGUGUUAACACUCAGGUCCCCAUUCGUUCUCCCCGGUACGCCGUCUUUGACCUUGCAGAGGGCAAAGAGUAUCAGUUCAGAAUUCUCUCUGCCAACAUCUAUGGAAACAGUGAGCCAUCUGAGCCAACUGGAGCUAUUGAGACUCUGCAACUCAAAGGUGUGCCAUCUGCUCCCGGCCAGGUGAUUUCUACCAGGGAAACUGACACCUCUGUACUCAUCCAGUGGGCUCCUCCAAAGGAACCCAAUAAUCUGAUUGGCUAUUACAUCGAUCAGUGUGUGAAGGGAUCCAAGGACUGGACAUCAGCCAAUCACAAACCACACAAGAACACCAAGUUUGUGGUCAGCGGUCUGACCACAGGAGAAACCUACGUGUUCCGUGUUCAGGCUAUCAAUGAGAUUGGACUCAGUGAUGAAUCCCAGGAGUCUGCACCUCUGUCUGUUAAAGCUGCUCUGACCAACCCCUCUGCACCUUAUGACAUCGCACUGCUGAACUGUGACGGACAUUCAAUGGUUCUGAACUGGAAGAAACCUCUUUUCACUGGAGGAGCAAGCAUCAAGGAGUAUUAUGUGGACAAAAGACGCAGUGGUACAACCAUGUGGAGAGAGAUUAAUAUCCCACCAUUCACAGAAAGACUGUAUAAGGUGGAGGGCCUGACAGCUGGAGCAGUCUACCAGUUCCAUGUAUAUGCAGCCAAUCUUGCUGGUCUGGGACCAGCCUCCAAACAAUCAGCUGACCUCACCUGUGAGGCCUGGAACAUGCCUGAGCCUGGCCCUGCAUAUGACUUGACUUUCUGUGAGGUGAGAGAUAGUUCAAUGGUGGUUGAGUGGAAGAAACCUGUCUACACUGGUUCUGGACCAAUCACAGGCUAUCACGUAGAGUAUGCCCAGAAGGACUCUUCUGAUUGGACCACAGCCAAUGAGAGCGCUGUCAGUCAUCGCUUCCUCAAGGUAACAGGUCUGAAGGAGGGCUCUAGCUAUGUGGUCAGAGUGCGAGCCGUUAAUGACGCAGGAGUGGGCAUGGCCUCAAUGCCCUCUGACCCUGUGGUCGCCAAAGCUGUAGAAGGUUCCCAGGAAGUGUCCUGUUGUGUGGAUGAGAAGACUGGAGACAUUGUUCUGUCAUUUGAGUCCUGCCAAUUGAAUGAAGGCUCUCAAUUCAUGUGGAAGAAGGAUUAUAAAGAAAUCACUGAUUUCUCCAAAGGAGUUGAGAUAAAGACGGAAGGCAGCCAUUCUAAGCUGAUCUUUAAGAAUGCAGAGAAAGAGGACUUUGGGACAUAUUGUGUUUCUGUCACCAACACAGUAGGAGUGUCAUCCAGCUAUACAAUCACUUCUGAAGAGUUGGUAAAGAUGCUAGCACUGAGCUAUGAUAUCAGACACCCAAUCAUACCGCUGAAAUCGGACCUGGCCUAUAAGAUUUUGGAGAGAGGCAGAAUGAGGUUCUGGCUGCAGGCUGAAGAGAUUUCUCCCAAAGUCACCUACAAAUUCUUUGCCAACAACAAGGAACUGUCUGGAGCUGAUCCAAACAAGAUGGGCCAUGAUGUCGCUACAGGUAUCAUUGAGUUCAUCAUGGACCAUUUCACUGAGGAGAAUGAGGGAACAUUUACCUGCCAGAUCACAGAUGGAGGAGGCAAAGGACAGAGCUCACUGGUUCUGAUUGGAGAUGGUUUCAAGGCAGCUCUGGCUGAGGCUGAAUACCAGAGGAGAGAGUAUAUCAGAGUCAAGGAGGGUCCUCACUUCAGUGAGUUCCUGACAAUUCAGGUGGGAGACGACUGCUCUGUCACUGUGGUCUGCAAGGUGGCUAACUUGAAGAAGGAAUCUGCUUUCCACUGGUUCAAAGAAGAGACAGAGAUAAUCCCCGAUGUGAAACCUGACCUGGGAUCAGGAGUCUGCAAACUGCCAAUUAAACUGUUUUCACUGAAGACAGCAGGAAUUUAUAAGGCCACCAUCAGUGAUGACCGAGGAAAAGAUAUGAGCCAAAUUGACAUUUCUGGAAAAGUCUUUGAGGAUGCCAUCAAUAAGAUCAGCCAGCUGGCCGGAGCCAGUGCUGCCGAGCUGGUGAUUAACUGUACAGCAACAGGCAUUCAGCUGCAGUGUCACAUGAAGUACUACACAGCAGAGAUGAACAUCGUCUGGUAUCGUGGUGAUACUAAACUCACCAACAGUGACAAGACUGUGAUUGGAGGAAAUCCUUCUAUGGCAACAAUGGAGGUGAUCGAGCCGAUAGACAAGGACAAAGGCACAUACUCCAUCGUGAUCACCGACCCUGAGAACUCACACAAGCGCUCACUGGAUCUCAGCGGCGAUGUGUAUGACAAAGCCUACACUGAGUUCCAGAAACUCAAAGCUGAGGCCUAUGCUGAGAAAAACCGUGGACAGGUGGUGGGAGGACUUCCUGAUGUGGUCACCAUUAUGGAAAAGAAGACCCUGAGUCUUACAUGUACAGUGUGUGGGGACCCCAAGCCUCAAGUCUCCUGGCUUAAGAACGGAACUGAAGUUGAACCUGAUGAUCAGUACGUGGUCUCCCUGGACCAGGGUAGGUUUGCCAGUCUGACGAUCAAAGGUGUUACCAUGGAGGAUUCCGGCAGAUAUACCAUGAUUGUCCAGAACAAAUACGGAGGGGAGUCUGUGGAUAUAGUGGUCAGUGUGUACCGUCAUGGAGAGAAAAUCCCUGAGGCCAAGCCAACUCUGACCCCUAAAACACUCAUCCCACCCAAACUCCCCAUUGAGCUCCCUCAGCCAAAGACGCAGCCUGCUCCCAGCCCCGCCCCCUCCUCUCCUAGCCCCGCCCCUAAGGCUGCAGCAGGUAGAGGAGUGAAGAGUCCCACUCCUACUCGGAGGAAGUAGAACGUAUUGAUAAACAUUAGUAAGGAAGAAACUUGUCCAAACACAUGCAGUCCACACAAUCUGUUUUAGUAUUCUUUGUCUGGAUAAAAACAUUAACCACAUUCAAUAAAAUGAGCCAAUAAACUUAGCGUUAAAUUGGAAACUAAUGAAAUAAAUCGCUAAAAUAAAAACUGUAUGAAAAAUAAAAAAAUGUUUUACUGUGAUUUCAUAGUAUGAAGACAAAAAAAACAUACAAAGCUAUUUUAUUUCAUCAGAGGAUGACUAAAGUAGAAAAAGAGCUGAACUGAAAACAGAUGAACUGAAACUUAAAUAGAGCUGAAAUUUGAUGAAAAACGUCACUGAGAAAUGAAAAGAAUUUGUUUGAAGCUGACGCUGGAUUGUAGGUGAAGCAGAACAGUUGAAUGUGUAGUUUUCAUGGACAAUUGUGUACACAUUCAAAUAAAUGUAAAGUGUGUCUGGCUCAAAUAAAGGAAUAAAAGAAACUGAUUCAUUGAUUGAUAA